UAGAGUGCUUAAAUUUUUUUUGGCUAAAAACCAUUUUCAUAAUUUAUUUUCAAUUUUGCUCCAAUUUCAUCAAGAAUAAUGGUUUAUAGAAAGUUGAUCACAUUGGCAUUGGUUGGAUUGAUCAUUUGCGAGUUUUUGAUGGCAAAUGUCGAAAGCCACGAAUUAGAUAAGAAAAAGAAGAAGCCUUGCCUUCCAUUGAUGCUGACUUGUCUUGGACAAAACAGUCAAGAAAAAGUUUUAUCGCCGGAUGCAUCAGCUCCAAUAUCAAUAUCGGCUCCGAAUGCAUCUAUAUCACCUAUAGGACCGCACCCGCCAGAACCAUCAGUAGAAGAGCCAUUAAUAGCACCUCGACCCGAGUAUCCCAUUCUUUUUCCUGGUGUAUAUGGCAAUCCGAUUCCAACACCAAAGUCACGUGCCAGUUCAUCACAUCCAGUUUCAGUGAAACGAUCAAAUUCAGAUCCAUUACCUUAAAUCAACGACGAAAAUUACCCUCAGUCUUUUCAAAAGUCGUCAUAAAGUUAGUUGAAAAAUAAGAGUUUUUAGAAGGAAAACAUCUUCAAAACGUCAAAUUGACAUGUUAUGCUUUGAUAGACUAUAAAAUGAGACAAAAACUACCAAAAUACCCAAAAAUUUACAAAGGAUGCGCGAAGAUUCUACAAAAUUAAGAAAAACAAUUGAUUUAUUAGCAUUUAAUUCGAUCUUUAUUAAUAAUAUUUACUCAAUUUUUACUGUCAAUUUUACAAAAAAAAUUUUUUAGGUCGGUGUCAAGUAUUGAGUAUAAUUCAAAUAAAUUGUUUCAAUACUGAAUCUAUUGUCACCAA